GGGUGGCUUUCUUCGGUCUGACCGGUGCCCUGAGAUGGAAUGGAAGUCCGAGGAACCUCACUGCCAAGUGACGUUUAAACCCCCUUCACGCGCCAUUUACUUCAACCUCACCCGCCCAUCUUCGGCCCCUCGCCGCUCAGUGCCUUCACGUUUUUGCUACCCGAUGGACGAAAAACGCCACACCUCUUCUCCUGACCUUGUGGCGUGUUGAACUGGGGUGGCACAAUGACGGACUACUCAGUCGGAUACACAGCCGGCCUGAUCGCUUUGGCCAUCUUUAUAACACAACUCUGGCUUCCAACCGCCAUCUCCUUUCUGCUUGCCGGAGUGCUCCGCGAUGAAGAAACCGCGGCAACAUGGUCGGUGGCAGCAAAGCUUCUCCAGUCAUCGCAUUGGACGACGAUUCUACGGACCGACUCAGUGCGACCGCAUGCUGUUCGAAGGCCCGUUUUCCUCGCCUCCCUCGCUAUUCCAAUUGCAACCGUCUUGAUUGCCGUCUCUAGCGUGGUGACCCCGAUCGGUCUUCACGACGCCCUUGAAAUCGGAGAACGAGAGGUCGGCGACUUCUCUUAUAUCCGCGAUAGCAGUGCUUAUUUCUACGGGACGAGUCCUCGCCGUAAUUACACCUUCUCGAGACAAUGCUCCUAUCGCUUGAAUCCUGCACCAUGCCCACUCACAAACGGUACACUCAUCUUCAGCCUCGGUAGCAGUGUCGCGUCAUGGGACUAUCCUAAUAACUUGACCAUGGAGAUCCCUCCCGUACUUCGCGAGCUUUAUUCAAGCGGUACGCGCGGGAUCGGCACGACCGUGUCCAACUUCUUCGAUAUCGAGUGGCGACAGCUAACUAUGAGGGUCGACGAUGCUGGGAUUGUGAACCGCGGAUCUCCGUAUACCGUCAACAUGUUCCGUCAAGUCGAUAGCGUCGCCUUGGAGGACUCGAUCAAACUGGUCGAGGGUCUCAUCGUCGACACGCAGACCGGCGGCGUGGGCUUUCGAAACCACACGAUUCCUCAGCCUCCUGACCGCAAUGUCACUUGGCAGGAGGAUAUCCUAUUUAUCGAGCCCGUCACCGCCUGCGUUGACACGAACCUGACAUUCGACUACACCGAAUCUGAAAACAAGAACAUCUCUUCCUCGGGGCCCACUGACUACCGUCUCACCGACCGCGGCGGAUUCGUCAACCUGAACCGCGCCGAUCUCAACCGCACGUUUCCGUAUUACGACGGCAACCCGCAAGCGAACCCGGACCUCAGGGGCAGGGCGUACCUCGCAGCUCUGGUGAACAACUACUACACCAUGCUCUAUCUUAAUGUCACAAACCUGGGAAAUUCUAGCACGGGCGCCAAGUCAUUCCGCUACCUGGAUUCGGCCAUAGACAAAUCCUUUCCCCUGUGGACCACUACCCUCACCAACUAUAGGGCUGCCUCGUUUUUCAACGCCUACGGGGGUUAUCUUUUUGCCACCGGCUCGGGCGGAAAGAUGAGAUAUCCCAAUCCGUUUAAUGUUACCAAGAGCAGGCCCUGGUUUGAAUCGAUACCUAUCAUCUGCUCCGGCGCCGCUGGCGGCGACAUCGCCAACGUCACCAACAUCUUCGUCGCCUGCGGCCUUGUCACUGGCCCCCCCAGGCGGGUGGACGGCGGUCCGCCCGGCAUCUUUGAACAGGGCAGCAAGUGGACCACGCCCAUUUACUCGUGCGCAACGGCCGUCCGCGCAACCAUCAAAACAGUAACCUUCUCCACCGACCCCGGAACCAACCCAGCACGGCAGUCCGCCGAAAGCGCCCGCGGUCUGACCUCCUUUCGCGUCACCAACAUCACAGCCAAGACAUACCCAUCCCCCGACGCAUACCCCCUCUGGGCGAUCGAAGACAGCGGCUACGAACUAAGCGACAUCACCCCCCUCUGGGGCCUCAUCUCGCCAGCCUACCCCGCCGCCAACUUCCCCAACAUCUCCGUGGUCCAGCAACCCUCCCUCUACCUAGUCGGCCUCGGCAGCGGCUCCGUCAUGACCAACCCGACCUUCUCGACCUACGACAACAGCCCGGGCUACCAGAACCUGCCCGCGGCCGACUUCCCCUUCCGCGUCGCCAACACCGUCUACGCCGGCGACGCGGGCACCUCCAACGGCGUCAGCAGCUCCGACUGGCCCUUCGACCUCGUCGGCCGCGCCGACAUGGCCGUCUUCACCCGCUGGCAGAACCUGACCGCCACCGCCGACGGCGCGAGCCGCAUGAUCAACCUGCUCUGGACCGACCUCGCCGCCUCGGCCGUGGUCGGCACCAAGGGCAUCGCCACAAGCCCCGCGACCGAGGAUAGCCCCGCGCCGGUCGUCCAUGUCUACCCCGCCGUGCACAAGGUCAAGUACCACUACGCGUACGGCAUCCCGGCCUUUGCGCUGCUGGUGGUGCUGGGGCUGGUGACGGUGGGCGCGCUGGUGGUGUGGGCGAUGGGGUUGUCGAGUUUGGCUAAGCUAAGGAUACGGCUGCAGCAGCUGUCGGCGGGCAGGAUCUUCACGAUUGUGCUGUACCCCGGGGAGAGCGACUUCAAGAUGACGCCCAAGGAGUGGGGGUUGAUGAGCGGGGGGAAGACGGUCAAGUUUGCGGAUGGGGAGGGGGCGGCGGCGGUUCCGACGGAGGAGGAUGCGUUGACGACGCCGACGACGGCGGGUGGGGCUGCUUCAUUGGCUGGGACGGAUGGUAAGGUUGAUAUUGUGGAGGAUGUGGGAUCUGUACAUCAUAUGCAUGAUAUGUAUGACGGCCAGCAGCAUGGCGGGUAUAUCGCUUUGGACCCCCUGAGCUAUGGGAAUAGGUGAGCAGGUGACUUGACUCUGCUCUGGGAUAGUUCAGGUUACCUACCUAGGUGGGUAGAUGUAUAUUCAUAUACUAUACACAAAAGAAAGACAUAACGCAACAUUGCAACAACCAACUAGGCUUGUAAUAGAACCAUGAGCCAGGAUUUCCGCUUGUUCCCACAAUACAAGCACCAUGUCUUCAUAUCCCCAAAGCUCCUGGCUCGGAUUCAGACAGCUCCACUUCGAGUUUCAAGGUUUAUUUCCUAAUCCAUCUUCAAGUUCUACAUAUCUCCUGCCCCUACACUUCGUUUUCCCCCGACGC